CCUUGGGUUCAAACUACCAGUAAUGAAAGGGUUCUAGCCUUGAGUUCAAAACUACCAGUAACAAAAUGGCGGGUUCAAACUACCAGUAGCGAAGGACUUUGGGUUCAAACUACCAGUAAUGAAGGAUUGGGUUCAAAACUACCGUCUUUUUUAGAUUCUAGCCUUGGGUUCAAAACUACUGAAAAUAACUUACCUUUAUCUGAAACAUCUGAAAUUAUUGAAGAUAUAGAAAUUAAUUCUUUAGAAAAUGAAAUAUGGACUAAAGAAGAAAUUACAAAAUUUGAAUUAUUAUAUUAUAAAACAAAAGAUAUUUUAGAAAAACAAGAAGAUAAUCAAAAAUUUGAAGAAGAAAUAAGUUUAUUACAAAAUAAUGAUUUUGAAGAAUUAUUUAAAAAUAAUUGUUGUGAAAAAAAUUGUUUGCAAUCUAAUUGUGAUUAUUCUGUCGCUUUAACUCGAAAUUUAAAUUUUAGAAAUCUUUCUAAAUCUUUUCAAGAUAUAUAUUUAUUAGGUAUUAUUGCUGCUACCAAAUGA